UCUUUUUAUAUUUUUGUUCAUCUUUUUAUUUGUAGUUUACUUUAAAUGUUGUGUAUUGCUUGCUAUAUUAAUACAUUCGCCUUGCUUUGGCAUUGAAAUGUUGGCGAGAAGUUUGAUGACGAGAAGUUUUAAUAAAAUGAUCUCCGAAUCUCCUGGCUAGGCUAUUACAUGAGGAGCCUGAGCAAAGGGACUCAGAUAUUAGUCUACCCUCAUCCACAUGGUGAUGUUCUGCUCCAUGAACAGCCAGAUGGUUUGCUGUCUGGGCAGCAAUGACACAUCGUUUGAACAAGGAGGAGAAGGAACAUUAACAAGCGCCAGAGAAAGAAUUUGAGACUAUUGAGGUGAUGUGGGAGGGAUUACAACAUCCAUGUAUAUGUGAGACUGGAAGCUAAGGUAGCAGUUUGCAAUCUCACCGCCUGAGCUCCCGGUUGCGCACCCUACUGUAGCUGCUGUGUUAUGUUGAUGGGGAGCAUCUUCGCCGAACUUUAUACUUUCACACAACCUGCGCAAAACGGAUCCAGACCCAGUCGACUCCCCCAAAACGCAUGAGGAUUUUAUAACUGUUUCCAAGAGGAUACAUUUUUCUAAGAUUUCAGUGGACUUUAAAAACAUGGCGCUUAUAAAUAACAACAGCUUAUUUGUACUGUUGUGUUUUGCAACGGUGUGCAAUUGUUUUGAUGGGACGCAGCAGCCCUGCAUGGAGAAGCACCGAGUGGUCGGAAUCCUCCGUCAGAUGGAGAAGUUCCUGAAGGGCCAAGAGAUGCGCUUCACAGAAGGGCUGCGCAUCAUGAAGUCCAAACUGGCCAACCUGCAGAACUCCGUAUCCAAGUUUCCCCAGGCUGACGAGUCUGCCCCACCUCUUACGUGUCCAGCCUUGGAGGCCCCAGCACACGGCAGGAAAUUUGGUUCCAAAUAUUUAAUCGGUCACGAAGUCCACUUCACCUGCGCCCCGGGCUAUCACCUGGUGGGUGCUGGCACACGGCUGUGCCAGGAGGAUGGCACCUGGAGUGGGGCGAACGCCAUCUGCAAAGAUGUGAAUAAGUGUGCCAGUAACCCUUGCCAGAAUGGAGGCACCUGUGUGGAGGGCACCAACCAGUACAAGUGUACCUGCCCACAGAACUGGAGCGGGACUCACUGCCAGCACCAGACACAGACAGUGUGGCAUAGGCCCAAGUCGAGCCAUAGGCCGAAGGUUAAGUUUUCUCUCUCGCGUCCUCUCUCCUUGCGUCCAGCGCCCCCUGAGUGGAGUGUGACCAACGACCCGGCCUUCAGCCGCCGGCCGCGCUGCGCCAAGGUGGACCAGGCCCAGCACUGCAGCUGCGACGCCGGCUUCCACAUGAGCGGCACCAGCGACAACAGCAUCUGCCAGGAUGUGAACGAGUGCGAGGUGUACAAGUCGGAGCGUGGCGGGCAGCUGUGUGUCCACGCGUGCGUGAAUGUACCGGGCUCCUACCGCUGCUCCUGCCCUGAGGGCUACAGGCUGCUGCCGGACGGCCGGAGCUGUGAGGAUGUGGACGAGUGUCUUACGCAACAGCACAACUGCUCCCAGGGGAAGACCUGCAUCAACACGGGCGGCUCCUUCCAGUGCGUCAGCCCGGAGUGCCCGCGCUCACACGGCAAUGUCAGCUACGUGAAGACCUCACCCUUCCAGUGUGAGAGAAACCCAUGUCCGAUGGACAGCCGCUCCUGCCACCUGGCAGCCAAGACGGUGUCCUUCCACUACCUGUCGUUGCCCUCCAGCCUGCAGACCCCUGCUACACUCUUCCGCAUGGCCACCGCCUCGGCCCCGGGCCGCCCAGGGCCAGACAGCCUGCGCUUCAGCAUCGUCGGCGGCAACGCCCGGAGCCUGUUUGUAAUGCAGCGCUCAGACCGGCAGACAGGCGAGCUGAUCCUGGUACAGCCGCUGGGCGGGCCGCAGGAGGUGAGCGUGGACAUGGACAUGUCCGAGUACGCCGAGCGCACCUUACAGGCCAAACACGUGGCCAAAGUGCACAUACUCGUGUCGCCCUACAACUUCUGAACUGCUCGCCUCACAGCCAAUGAACAAAUCAAAAAGUUGUGAGAUAUAUACUAUAUAUACUGUAUAUAGAGUUUGUAUGUGUUUAUGGGCAUCAAGUGGAAUGGUUGAACAACAUGAUAUCCAAAUAUUAUGUCUGUUCCCAUUCACAUGUGUGAGUGACUGACUGAAUAUCUUUUGUACUUAGUCUGAAAGGUAUAUAUGUUUUGAAAUGUCUUUGGUUUUUUUUUAUUAUUGACAGUGACAAAUCUCUGAGGAAGUACUGACACUGAUGUUUGGAUUUUAUCCUACAAAUAUCAGCAGAAUGGGUGAUCAGAUGCUAUAUACAGCAAAAAAACAAAGUUAAUUGUGAGUGGAAAUCUGUGUGUGUGUGUGUGUGUGUGUGUGUGUGUGUGUGUGUGUGUGUGUGUGUGUGCAUCUAGAAAGUAUGUGUGUGUGGUACUCAUUUUAUGUAAAUGAAUAUAAUAGUAGCUCAGUGUGCAUACUUAACUUUUUUUUCUUUUUUUAAAAAACAUACCAAACAGUUGCAUGUAGUUGAAAGAUUUAGUUUCUCCAAGCAACCAUCCCGACUCCAGAGAGCGAUUGGGUUGCCAAAGCAGCGUGCACCUCUGCUCUUGAUUUUGCACUGCCGUUACUAUAAGAGACAACAAACACUUCCUGGGUAUUCUUACUGGAUGCUAUACAUUUGAAGAUGCAAAUUUCAAACCAUUGCAAUACGUGUUUUAUAUAUGGUUUUAAUCAGUUCAUUUGAGGAUGUUACCACAUGUAUUGUCUGUUUUAUUGAUAAAACCAGGACUACAUUCAAUGGGUACUGUUUAUAUUGCAGUUUGCUAUGUCUGUGUGACUUGGGCAUGAUGGCAGCCAGUUCUGUAUCAGGUAUAUACUAAUCAC